CGCUCAACAGAUGGGUUGUGAAUGGACGCAUGUCUUUAAGGACAUCUUCUGUUUUGACGAAUGGUGCUGUUAAAAUGUAUAAAGAAAAAGCGGACAAAUUAUACCGAGAUAUAAUAAACAUAAAUAAUAAAAUUCUGAAAAAUUCAAAUAGAAAAAUGAUUGAGAAUAUAGACAUGGAUUCAGAUGCCACAAAAGAAGAUUCUUCAGAACUUACCAUUCAAAAUGUUGAUCGUAAAGAGUGUAGUUACAAUCAUAAACUCUCGACUCAACAAAAUCGGUCGAAAGAUCCAGGGACUUGUAAUUCAUCAUCUUCUAAAAGUUUUGUUUCUGAAAGUUCCACGUUCACUAUAAAAGAUAAGUCAACACAAACUACGAAAUCUUUGAUAGCGAAUAAGAGACUAAAGAAAAUAUGUCGAAGGAAACAGUGCAAUGUUGAUAGGAAUGUACCUCACGUGUGGUCCGUGGUAUAUGAUAACGAGAAUGGAAUACCCACAAAGAUUAUAUAUUGUAAUAUUAAUACAAACGUGAAACUCUGUGAUAUUAACAAUUAAAUAAAGUUAAUAAUUAAGCUUAAAACUUUAUUGUUCUCUGGUACUGAUGCAUUGAAACACGUAUUUAGUAGUUCUUAGUAUUGAACAUGGUUUUACUGUUCAAAACGGUGGAAUUAAAGAGAAAGUAAUAAAAUGACACUGAAGUAAUUAAGAAGAGUUAAAUUUAAAAAGAAUUUAAAACCCUAUUCGUAUGUUCUUCCGCACAGACGUCUCAAAGGGACGUGCUUCAUGAAUCUUGAAAUGAAGAAGUAAACUUUACAGAAAUAAUAAUUUACAAGUAAAGAUUGACGCCAUCUCAGAUUGGAAUAUAUAUGUAUAUUUAUAUGUUAUAUUUGAAUACAUGUACUAAAUAUACUUCUAUCAAAUAAUUUCAUAACAUUAUUCUGUUAGUACUUUUCUAAACUUGAUGGAUUGAGUGACGUUGCUUUCUUUAUCUAUCUAUUAAUUAAGUUUUUUCCUGUGUUGUUUCUUUUA